AUGCUAAAUAAAUGUCGUGACUUCUAUCGUGGAAAUAAACGUGAAUUAGAGCGAAUUGAAGAAUUUCGACAAACCUAUACUCCAUCAAAAGCAAUCCAGUGGUACACUCGAGAUAGUUUUGUCUAUCGAUUGGUUAAUCGUGCAUUUCGUACCGAAGAUAUGUCUCUAUGGUAUUUAUUUCGUUUUUACUGUAUCGAUCUCUCGAAUGAACUAAAAAACCUGCAAGAGCAACAGAAUAUUGCAGAAAGUUUUCUCGUAUACCGUGGUCAAACACACCUACCUGUCAAUGAACUUACGAAAAUAAGAAACAAUAUUGGCGGAUUGAUUUCAACAAAUGGAUUUCUCUCUACGUCAAAGCUAGCCGACGUAGCACUCAGCUUCGUUAUAGGUGCGGAAAAUACCGAAGAAUUUAAAGUUGUUCUCUUCGAAAUUGAAGUGGAUCCAUUCAGUCGAAAUAAUUGCGUAUUUGCCGAUACUCAAGAAUAUUCUGAACAUGGAGAGCAUGAAGUAUUAUUUAAUAUUGGGUCAACAUUUGAAAUUAUAAAUGUAAGCAUCGACGAAAAAGCCUCGUUAUUUAAUGACAAAAAUCCGCUAACACGUAUCAGAAUGAGAACAACAAAUAAAAAGACAAAUGAAUCUAACAAAUAUUUUGAUCCUAGCAAACUACGAAACGCAAAUAUUGAAAUUUAUUUCGGUCGUCUACUAAUCAGUUUAAAUCAAUAUGAAAAAGCAGAAUCCUAUUUUAAGAUGAUGUUACAUAUAUUACCGAAAAAUCAUGAAGAUAUCGCUUCUUUAUACGAUCAUCUAGGACAUCUACACUUGCAAACAACAAACUGGAGCGAAGCACAUAAUUGUUUGAAUUUUGCUCAAAAUAUAAAACAGAAAAGUCGUCCUGCUAUACAUCCUGUCUUUGAAAUUACCUUCAACGGACUUGCCAAUUAUUAUAAAGCAAUACAUAAUUAUACCAAAGCACUAUUGUAUUAUGAAAAAGCACUGAAAUGCUACGGAAUCCAUGAACUCAGUGUUUCAAUGACAAAAUUGAAUCAAGCCUCCAUUCAAAUACUUAUGAAAAACUAUGAUAUUGCAUUUAAGUUAUGCCGGGAAGCAUUUCAAAUUCUUAUAAAGACUCAACUAUCACCUGAACUAGAAAUGCUGCAGUAUAAAGGAAUUAUGGGCGAUUAUCAUUUGGCUCGAAGAACGUACGUAAAGGCAAUCCAGUAUUAUAAGGAGGCGUUUGAUUUAAGCGAAAAAAUAUUAUUAAUUGGCGACCUACGUCGUGUGCAUUCAGCUCUAGCUCUAAUUGAAUGCUAUCGUUCACAGGGAAAUAUUUACGAUGCUAAAUUGAUUUGCGAGCAACAAAUCAAGAUCUAUGGCACUAAUCUGACACGCGAUUAUUCAGGUAUAGCAUAUUUUAAAAUAAAACAGGCCGAACUUGACACCGGUGAUGAGAACAAGAAUUACUUACAAUUGCAGCUCUAUGAAGAGGCUUUGAAUAUACUUCAGAAAAAUACUCAUCUACAUCACGAGAAAACGGCUCAAUGUCUAACGCUUAUAGCUCACUGUCAUAUGAAAAAUGGAAGUGAAUAUGAAUCAGCUGUAGAUCGUUUGAAAUCAGCAAUAUACAUACAAGAGAAAAUUUAUCCGAGAUCUCAUUUGCUUGUUAAAAACACAAAAAAACUUAUUGACCAAUGUAACAGCGUUAUUUAUCCGAUAGAGACAAAUAAUAGAAAUUUAUUGAUUUAG